GCGUUCAGUUCAGUUGUCUGGAAAUUGUCGGAGUGAGCGGAUCGAAAUGGAAACGCAUACAUUUGUUGUGACACUUUUGAUCGCGCUCUGCUGCUGCGGCAUGCCACAGAGCAAGGCAGCGAUUCGGAUACCCCAGAUACCGGACAUGCCAAAGCAGCUGGACUGUCGGGCCGACAACAUCGGCUUCACCUUCAAUCUGACAGCGCUCGCUGGCUACUGGUACGAGGCUGCCCGAGUGCCCAAUGUGGAUGUGCUGGAGUGUCUGAAUGUGUCAGUGCCCAGUGCCAUCGAAGAGGAUCGAUUUGCGCUGGAUUUGAAAUACGUGAGCACCGUGAACGGCGGCUGGCACUACACCGAAGAACAGGUCGACUUUCCCUGGGACAAUACCACCGAACACGGCAUUUUCAAGCUACAGUACGGAAUGAUUAUUGUCACCUACAAACUGAUGGUCACCGACUACAAAUCGUACGCGUUCGUCUGCGGCUACGGUAACAUAUCCCCGGUACCCCUCUUCAAGCUCUUCACACGCAAACGAGAACUUAACCAGACUACAAUAGCUGUAAUUCAGGCGGUAGCCAAUCGCCAGGGGAUCGGCUCCCAGAUUGCCUGGGAGCAGCAAUCGCUGGCCAAGUGCAGCGCCUCCAGUAUGCAAACCUCUUUGGGGUUCGUAAUUGGAUUCGUUUUCCUAUUGUGCGCCUACUUCAAAUAGCAUUUGAGACACACACACUUGACGGUCGAGUGUUGAAAUUUAUAGUUAAAUUAUGUCAUACAAAAAUCUAGGCAAAUGUUACGUGAAAUUCUAUGCAGCGUUUUAUCAUGGAUAUCUUUAUUAUGAUUUGCGGGCGUUGAACUGAUUUUUAUAUGAAUCACAAAGAAAUUGGACCAAAGAACGUAUAUUAUGUACACACAUAUGUAGAUAGACAUCUGUUUAAUUUUAGGCAUUUAUUUAAGUUCAAAUUACGAGUAGUUGUGAUAUGAAAUUAUAAAAAAAGAAAAAAAACCAAAAAUGUU